ACACACACACACACACUUUACAGGUUUUUUAUGAUAUGCUCACAUUUCUAGCCUCAAUGAAAUAUUUUUUGAAAAAAUAAAAAAGUGCACCUUAUAUUCAUAUGUAUUUGUAUCUAGAACACAUUAUCAAUCAUGUUAAUGUAUAUCCCUAAUACACACCAUACACAUUUAUUUGAAACUCUGAAUCUUUACCACAACAAAAAAAAAACCUUGUCAGAAAUACUUAUGAAUAAAUUGGAUGGUAAUGUAUUUUUUCUGUGUAAGAAAGAUUCUGAAGGCAUUGGAAAUAAAACACACUGGGAGGAAUUGUCUGCUUAUGAAUUUUAUACUAAAACAAAUGAAAGCUUUUACUUUCCACCAAAAAAGGGGUAAGUGGAACAGGAGGAUUGUCGGGUUUUACUUCAUAUAGAGAUAAAAAAAAAAGUCUACAUUCCGAGGAAGAUGGAAUAAAAUGUUUCGAGGAGGGAAAACUUCAUUUUUCUUAUACUAUAGCAUGAUUGUUUUUGUUGUUUUAUUAUUAUUAUUUUUUUAUAUAUUUCAAAAGCAAGAAAUCUGAAGUAUUCUAAUAACAAAAGCCAAAAGACAGCUUGCAUAUGGAACUUGUCUUUGGUGUGUGUAACUGUUGCAGUGUUGGAAAGUGAAAUAAAAACAAAUAGUGCUUCAUGAUUGGAAAAUAUAUAACAAUAUAGUGCUGGUAUUUGGAGUCAUUCUUUGCAUGCUUGGAGGCGUGUAUGUGUACGUGUGCGUGUGCAUUUGGGCAAAGGGGAAAGGGAGGAACUAGUUCCUAAUCUAUAUAUAAUCUUAAAUAUCACAUCAAUGGGCUUUCUAGGUUGUAUCUCUGCUUUAACAUCUCCAAAGGAUCUUUGCAGACAGCUACAGUGUUUCAGUAUCGAUGCGCCCAUCCUUCAGUGCUUUUGACCCAACGACUCUUUAAUCUCCACCAGUGCGCAUUCCGCAAUACUUCUUCACGAUCCACCCUCCUGGGCAAACAAAAGAGAAGCCAUAUAGAAAUCUCAUUUAUGUAAACGAACGUUUAGGUUUCCUUUGAUAAUCGAUGUUUCCCACGCUGAUCUGACUCCUGGGGCCCGGCUCGAGGCUGUAACCCGUACAUGCGAGUGUCCCGACAGCAUGUUUCAUCAUUUAUUACGUGCGACGAGUUAACGAGUAAUCCAAGAGUUAAUCUUCUCCCAGGGUUCCUCAAAAAUCAACAAAGAAAGCGUGAUAAAAAGUGGAGAAGGAGCAUCGGUUGGAGUAGAAAAGCGACGAACUUGGUGAAAGGAGGAAGAAAAAAAAAAAAGAAACACAUCCUGGUUUCUCGCGCAAUGGACCUGCUGAUGAUUGUCAAGAAACUCUGGUUCGUUCGUAAACAUCUGGUUCUCAUCAUCACACCACUGCUUUUGCUUCCUCUUCUCUUCGUUCUGCCAGAAAAGGAGGGAAAAUGUCUAUAUGUGGUGCUCUUGAUGGCAAUAUACUGGUGUACAGAAGCUCUCCCACUAUCAGUUACUGCAUUGCUGCCAAUCUGCCUCUUCCCCACUAUGGGUAUUCUACCCUCUAAGAAGGUCUGUCCUCAGUACUUUGUGGAGACAAACUUCCUCUUCCUGAGUGGUCUAGUAAUGGCUACUGCUAUAGAGGAGUGGGGCUUACACAGACGUAUUGCCCUGAGAGUUCUCAAGAUUGUUGGCGUGAAACCAGCCUGGUUGAUUUUGGGGAUGAUGAUCACAUCUUCUUCCCUGUCCAUGUGGUUAAGUAACUCUGCUACGACGGCCAUGAUGCUGCCCAUCGCUAACGCCAUUCUGGAAAGCCUGUUUGGAGACCUGGAGACACUUAAAGAGCAGUGUAAGAUCACGGACCACCUUGAGGAUCAGGCCCAAGUGAAGCAUCAUGUACUACUAUCGGAAAAACACACUCUGACUGCAGUUGACAGGGUUGAUGGAAUAGAGAAGAUAGAGCAUAAGAAUCAGGAGGAGGUGAGGAAAGAGGCAGAAUACCAGCUGAAAGUGUGGAAAGGAUUUCUCAUCUGUAUCCCAUAUGCAGCCAGCAUUGGGGGAACAGCCACUCUGACAGGAACCGCACCCAACCUGAUAUUCAUUGGACAGCUGAAGAGUUAUUUCCCAGAGUGUGAUUUCAUCAACUUUGGUUCAUGGUUCAUCUUUGCUUUUCCAUUAAUGAUCAUCUUCCUUCUUGUGUCGUGGAUUUGGAUUGCUUUUCUAUAUGGAGGAAUCACGACAAGAUUGUGUUUAAACAAACGAAAUGACCGUGCAGCUGCCGAAGCCAAGGCCAACGCGGUCAUUGAUGAAGACUACAAAAAGCUGGGACCCAUGAGUUUUGCUGAGAAAUCCAUCUCUUUCUUCUUCAUCCUGUUUGCUAUCCUCCUAUUCACCAGAGACCCAAAAUUCGUCACAGGCUGGUCCAUAUUCUUCAGAAAAGACUACGUCUCAGAUGCCGUUACUGGAGUUACCAUCAUCUCCAUCCUGUUUUUUCCUUCCAAGUGUCCAUCACUGCGAUGGUGGCUGAACACUAGAGCUUCGAACACUCCAUAUGUGCCGUUGUUAUCUUGGAAAAGAGUUCAGGAAUGUGUGCCAUGGAACAUUAUCAUCCUGCUGGGUGGAGGCUUUGCAAUGGCUAAAGGCUGUGAGGAAUCAGGUCUGGCCGUGUGGAUUGGAGGACGUUUGCAGCCUUUAGUUAAGGUUCCCCCUCCGGUAGCGGUGAUGCUCAUCACAGCCUUCAUUGCUUGUUUCACAGAGUUUGCCAGCAACACCGCCACCAUCAUCAUCUUCCUUCCGGUUAUUGCUGAACUGGCCAUCCAUGUGAAGGUGAACCCAUUGUACUUCAUGAUUCCUGCAACCGUAGGUUGCUCAUAUGCCUUCAUGCUUCCUGUUUCUACUCCACCCAAUUCUAUUGCAUUUGCCUCUGGACACCUCAUGGUCAAAGACAUGGUGAAAACGGGUUUUAUGAUGAACAUUCUGGGGAUUUUCUGUGUAUCUCUGGCUAUGAACACUUGGGGACUUCACAUGUUCAACUUGGAUACAUACCCGGACUGGGCCAAACCUCUAAACACUACAGAACUUAAAGUACCAGUAGUUAACCUUACUGGAUAGACACACCCUCACACUUCAAACACUAUAUAUAAUAUUUAAUAAUCAGUGUUGAUAACAUUGUUUAUUGGUUUCAUGUUUAUAGUGUAAAAGUGUUUCCUAGUUAUGUUGCUGGCAUGGCAUACAAUGGCAUACAUGGGAAACAUACUUCAACAGUAUUCUCCCAGCAAACACAGAACAGUGUUAGACUAUAAGCUUGGUCCAGAUUCCAGGAAGGUUUCUGCAUUAUGCCUUGGCCAUCUUGAAAUCGAAUGUAUGGAAACUUUCAAAAAUAUAAGCCUAGAUUUGAACAGGACAGAUUAUUUUUAUUAUAAAAAAAAAUAUGUUAAUAUCUAGAGCACAUCACUUUUUAAUGUAUUGCAAUAUAUUUCAAAAGUAAGAACUCAUAACUCUUGAUGUGACUUAACACAAAAAAUGUGUAUAUGUAGGAUCCAAGGUUAGCCAGGUUGAACACAGCACACAGAAAAAUAUUAAUGGAUGCAUUAGAGUGCUAAUUUGCAUAAUUUGCAUAUAGUCACCUUCUUUGUUUUCAGUCUGUCAAAUGUCAGCUACUGUUUUAAUGAUUUGCUAAUUAUAUUUGGUAUACCCUGUUGUUUUAGAGCUACAGUGUGUUACUGUCUUGUGACUAUGAGUUAAAACAAGUGCUUAGCUUUAUGCUCUCUUCCCACACUACAUGAUUGAGGAACCUUGCUUUUCAAGCGCUUAGAAAAUGGUGCCCCCUAGUGUAUGAAACCAGAAUAAAUGAAAACAAGCUAAAACUUAGUUAAUAUAAAAUCAUGCAAAAUAUUAUAAAAUAUAACUGGUAAACCAAAGUUAAGCGAAAAAAAACUUUAAGAUUCUUAGAUUUUUAUAAUUUGACUUUCUUUACUAAAGCGGGUAGCUUCACUUCAAAAUAUCAUUGCACUGCAUUUCAAAUCCUUGUGCAUUAAUCCAUUAUAGCAGCACAGCCUUUACAGUUAUUCCCUUACUUAUAGGAGUAGAGAAAUCUUAACAGUAACGUUGUUAAAUAAAUUAUAAAUGUUUGUAAUGAUAAUAUAAAAAUAAGUCCUCCACAUAUUUUUAUCUAUGAACAGUCAGCUUUACUUUCUAAGAAAUGGAAAGGCCAAAGAUGAGACAAUUCUAUAGACAGUACAAUGAUUAUAAUGAUUAUAAAUGGUAUAUUGGUUUAUUGGACAUUUGUAAAAUCUUAUUCUUAUUUACACUUUUUUGUUGAUAAUCAAAUUGUUCAUCAUGUACAUGGUUCCAUGGUUUACUUCCUUUAAACACUAGCUCUUUCUCAACAUGCAGAUUAUUGGACAAUAAUUCGUUGAGUCAGCAUAAAUGUAAAUGACCAAGUUCAGGUCUUCACAAUUUUAUGUAGAUGACUAAAGUCCCUGGACUGUGUGGGAGGGAAUGUGUAAUUGUUAGUACAUGAAUAGGUAAAGGGGAAAAUACGUAGUAAAGAUUUGGUAAAUACUAUUCUGUUAUCAACAUGCCGCAAUACUUUAUCCGGUCAGCAUAUGACAGGACCCAGUUUGGGAUUUCACACUUUUACGAAAUGAGUAAAGUCACUGUGCUGUGUGGAUAAACGUGUAAUUGUUAGUAGUAUAGCAUCCUGUAUUUAACAGAAACAAGCACUGACCUUCAAUCCACCUGUUCACUAAAUACUCACUACUGAUCAAUUUAUUUCAAGACAAAUUCAAAGAGGUCACUCUCACACACACAUACACACACUUUUGCUGUUUAAUGUAAUAAUUUAUCUUACAUUUAUAUAUGUAUACAUGUUCAUAAAAUCCCAGGACUUUUAUGAUUUUUUUUUUUUUUAGUUUAUGUUGCAAUAUGAUAUAUUGUCCGAUUUUACUGUAUAAUUAAUAGACUUAAUGUCUAUGUAACAUGAGAUUUGUUUUUAAGGAAUUGUAUGAUUGUAAGUAGGAUGUCAAAUGUAAGUGUCUCUUAAGUGUCUUCAUGUAAGUGUCUCUUACGUGUCUUCAUGUGAACCCAAACACACUUGUGUUUGGAUUCAUUACAAUUGCAACCUGUAAAUCAUGAUUUGUGCAAUAACAUAAUGGUCAAAUUGUAUAUUUGCUUCAUUUGGUAUUAGGUUUGAAACUGUCUGAAUUCAGGUGUGUUGUUAAAACUGUGGAGGAAAGUAUGAAGCAACAUAGGACUUGCAAUUGCAUAAUCGUAUAACACACAAUAUUGUACAUUUCCUUUAAAACCUUCCUUUAUGCCUUCAGGAAAUAUGAAGAAAAUGGUAGUAUAAUGGUAGUAUAAGCUGGGAACAGCCAGUUGGUUACUGUCCGAAUAAACACUACCUAUUUCCUCUGACAUACCAUGCAAUAAGACCUCAUUAUUACUGUGAAUGUUUACACAUCUGGUUUGUUGCUGGAAAAUGGAACAUGGAAAAUGAAGCUGUGAAUUCAAUAAAAAAGGUAACAUGA